AUGUUCACUAAGCAGACUCUUUCUGCCUUUGUUGGAGCUUUGGCUCUGGCUUCGGCCAAGACUAUCCCCGCAAGUGAUGAGUAUCCCACUGCGGCGGAGAUCGCCAGUGCUAAGGAAUCGGUGCUGCCAUAUUCUCCCGUCUCAAAUGUGAAGGGUUUGGCGUUCAACCGCUUUGCGCAGAUUUGGAUCGAGAACACCGAUUACCAAACUGCCGCUGACGAUGUCAACUUCGCCAAGCUGGCUAAGGAAGGUAUCCUUUUGACCAACUACUUCGCCUUGACUCACCCCUCGGAGCCAAACUACGCUGCCUCUGCUGCCGGCGAUACCUUCGGCAUGGACAACGACGACUUCCACCAGCUCCCAGCUAACAUCUCCACUAUCGCUGAUAUCCUCGAUACCAAGCGUAUCUCCUGGGGUCAAUAUCAAGAAGAUCUCCCCUACGCCGGAUACCAGGGCUACCGGUACCCCGAGAGCGGCGCAAAUGAGUACGUUCGCAAGCACGAUCCUCUCAUACUCUUCGACUCCGUCACCAACGACGCUGUUCGCCCGCGCCAAAUCAAGAACUUCACUACCUUCUACGAGGACCUGAAGCACGAGAGUAUCCCUCAGUACAUGUUUAUCACACCUAACAUGACUAACGAUGCUCAUGAUUCCGAUAUCACUGUUGCCGGUGACUUCAUUGAGCGCUUUGUGCCUCCUCUCCUGCGCAAUGAGUACUUCUCCAAGGAUACUUUGAUGCUUGUUACUUUCGAUGAGUCGGGUAACUACACUGUUCCCAACCGUGUUUACAGCUUCCUCGUUGGUGGUGCUGUUCCCGAGCAUUUGAAGGGUACUAAGGAUGAUACUUUCUAUACUCAUUACAGUAUUAUUGCUUCCCUUUCUGCUAACUGGGGCCUUCCUUCCCUUGGACGUUGGGAUUGCGGUGCCAAUCUGCUUAAGCUUGUUGCUGAGAAGACUGGAUACGUGAACUAUGAGGUUGAUUAUGAUGGUCUCUACCUUAAUGAGACUUAUCCUGGUCCUCUUUCUGAUGGCGAUUACUCUACGUAUGAGCCUUUGUGGUCUGUCCCUGCCACCUCGGGAUCCUGCAGCGCUGGACACGGUAUUGCUGAUGUGGUCAAGAAGACCUACCAUGGUCUUGAGCCUACAUAUAACUAUACCAGUCCUAUUCCUUAUGAUGCGAAGACUGGUAACAAUGUUGGUCUUAAGUAUUUCCGUACUCUGAAGAACGGAAAGAAGCAGAGCGGCAUUACUGCUUAA